UCUCUCUGUUCCAGCUUGCUGCUGAACUCUCUGGAGGACGGAACAUAAACGAGCUGAAGACAUUUCAAAACUACCUGACUAGUGCAAGCUGCUGGCUUUCCUCCCAUCCCAAAGAGCCAGCUGAGGAACACUGACAGACAGGUCACAGUGGAUCUGAUGAUGAAGAGUUACGGCCCUGAGAGAGCUGUGAAGAUCACACUGAGGAUCCUGAGGUGGAUGAAUGAGCAUGAUCUCACUGAGAAGUUACAGAGUGAUCACACAGAAACCGCCGGCCCUGAGGAAGCUGUGGAGAUCACACCGGAGAUCCUGAAGAAGAUGAACUGGGAUGAUCUGUCAGAGAAGAAAAAGAGAGAGUGGUUUCCAGAGAACAAUGAUCAGGAGGACAAUGGAACAUACCGGUUAGAGUGCCCCAGGGCAGGUCUGUUCCAGUGCAGUAUAACAGGCCUGGUGUUUAGGAUGGAGGGAGAGGUGCUCUAUAGGACAGUCCACUGGGACAUGAGGCUUCUAGCCCAGAAUGGCAAGAGACCUGCAGGACCCCUGUUCAAGUUUACAUGCCUUAAGGGGUCUGUCAGUCAACUACACCUCCCCCACUGUGAGAUCUGCCCUGGUGGUGGAUGUGACUUCCUGUCUGUAGCUCAUGUGACUGAUGACAACAUUGAGUUUAUCCCUCCUCAUGAGACAACAGACACACAUGUCAUAAUAAACAUCAGUGGAUUCUGUGCUUAUGGCCUCACCAAGAAUAAGGAUGCUCCUGUCUUCCCUAUCAAAGCCCAGGUGUUGUUGUUCUACCAACCAUCAGAUGACCCUGACCUGGAGUCUGUACUGCAUGUGUUGUUGCUGCCUCGGAACGUUGUCCUAAUGAAGGUGKAAGAGGAGAGGGCGAGGAGGAACGGCAUGAGAGAAACCUUCAUUGAAACAACCUCUGACUGUGAACUGACCCCUGAUCAGAUUUACAGCCUCUCCACUGAUGGGUAUCAUAAGGUGAUACCUGAGACCAAAAAGUUUGAUAAUGAUAAAGACUACGAAAACUACACCACAACAUUUGCGGUAUUCUUACCUGCCAAAGUUAAAAAAGCUGAACUGACAUUGAAGAAGAAGAAGAAUAUAGCCUGGUCCACAUUAGACCUACUGUCCAGUCUAUUUGUGAGUUGUGAAUAUCCAUGGAAGGGUUUCUACAGAUAUCAAGCCCCUCUCCCUGCAGCCACUCCUGCCAAACCCCCUACUUUCCCAGGACGAGACUUCAUUACAAAACACAGGAUUGCUCUAGAAACUCGCCUGGGACUCUUGCAGCCCAUUCUCUUGCAUCUGGAGGAUCACAAGGUUCUGAAUGCUGAGGAGAGGGAGGAGGUGGUCAGUAAAUCCACCAAGACCCUACAGAACCAAGCCCUGCUGGACAUGGUGGUAAGGAAAGGGGAUGAAGCCCAGGAAGUGUUCUACCAAGUCCUGAGAGAAGCAGACCGCUUCCUGGUCAGAGACCUGGAGAAGAAGAAAUCCUGAAAACCUGCAAAAUCGGCAGUGUAUCAAAUACUUGUUCUCCCCAC